AUGCUCAACAGCAGUGCCAGGGGGCAGCGCGCGCUCCGCACCUGGCAGUCAGCUAUGAACCGGCCCCGGAAUCGUCAGCCGCGACCUCCCCGUCAAAACCACAGUCCCGGCGGCCACCAGGCGGAUUCCACUCGGCGUUGGACUCCAAGCCCCGCGACGACACCGCAGCAGGCUGCCGGCGCUGUUCCGUCCGUGCAGCAGGUAGUUCCGGGGGCAUCCGUGUUCGUCGUGUUGAAAAAGGACCAGCCCACGGGCAAGGAAACAGCAGGGGUGGUGGCCGACCUGCUCACCCGCGGCGACCAUCCCCGCGGCAUCAAGGUUCGCCUGCAAAACGGCCAAGUCGGCAGAGUGCAACGCAUGGGGCUCGGCUCGGCUGCCGCGUCGGGAGCCGUCAGUCCUGCUGGCGGCACCGGCGUGGCGAGCGGCUCGUCGAGGUUCGGCCGUCGAUGCACCGACGUGCGCGGGGACCUGGACUACCCGUCUGAGCCGCCCGCGAGAAGCCUGGCUGAUUUCCUCCCCCCGACUCAAGAAAGCGUUGACGAGAUGUCCCCCGGGCCAGAGAGCGCUGCUUCCUAUGUAUCCGUAAGGUGUCCUGUCUGUGAUGUCUUUGAGGGAGACGAGGCUGCAGUCUCUUAUCACGUUGAACGGCAGCACCUAAACUGA